UUCGACUCCCAGAAGCUUGCCGCAACCACAACCGAGAGCGAAAGUAGGCAACGCGAGUUAAGCGGAGUUGUUGCCACUUCCUCUGCGGUUCCGGGGACUUUGCCGAGUCACUUUGCGGGUUCUAUGGACCCCGAGGGCUUCGAGCCUUCGCGGGACUUCGAGAGCAGUUCGUCCCUUGACUCCACCUUCGAGUUCGUGGGACCGGCCACCCUCGUCAGCAGCGGGCCCGGCGCGCUCGAGGAGGACCUGGCGCCGGACUCUCUGCAGGCUGCGGCUCCUCCGCCCUCUGCAGGAAGCCUAGAGACAGGAAGAAGCCCAGAUCUUCAGCCCGACAAGUAACGGAAACCUCUCGUGAAACCUCUCGUGAACCCACCAUCAUCACCCUUGCACCUUGUUCAAUGAUAGUGCAUUUGUCACCACUGUAGUUCUGCUACAGAAACGAUUGUAGUAGUUCUGUUCACCUUUUAUAAUGUAAUUCAUCACUAUCAUCAUUAGCUCAGUUAUUCGAUGUUUUGAUCUGUUUGCCCAUCACUUAUUUCGUAAUUUAUUGUGCAAAGAUUAGCACUGUAGCUUCGUGGAACUCACUUUGUAGUCACUAACACCUGUUACGUAAGCAAUAUGAAUGUUGUUAUGAUUUCACCUUUGUUAUGAAAAACACUGAUCACUGUAAUUAUUGCUGGA